CCCCGAGAGGCCCCAAGCGACAACCGAGUGUUUGAUGCCCUUCUAGGCGAGGCCACGCCCUCCGUCUCCCUCGCCACGCCCUCCGUGCCACCAUGGGUCAGGUGUUCCUCCGCCGCACGACGGCGGCGCUGCUGUUCCUGAUCGCCGCGCUCUCCAUCGCCUGCGUGGCGCUGCUCGUGCUCCUGCUGGCGCCCGACUGGAGGGACGCCGGCGGCCACGCGUCGGGCGGCGCCGGCGGCCCGAUCGCCUCCACCGCCGGGGUGUCCAGCCUGCGCCCACGUCCCACCACCACGCCCGCGCCCCCGCCUCCUAGCACGCCGCGCCCCCCGCCGGCGACCUCGCCCUCCACCACGACGCAGGCGCCGAAGGAGCCGUGGGAGCGUGAGUACCGCAUCCCGCGGGCGACGCUGCCGCACCACUACGACCUGUUCCUGCACCCCGACCUGCAGAGCGGGCGGUUCUCGGGGCGCGUGGCCAUCCUGGUGGGCGUGGCGGCGCCCAUGGACUUCCUGGUGGCGCACAUCAAGCAGAUGAACGUGACCAAGACGGACCUGGUGGACGCCGCGACGGGCGACCGCCUGGCCCUCCAAGGCGCCUUCGAGUACGAGCCCAACCAGUUCUGGGUGGUGCGCCCGAGGGCCACCCUCCGCCCUGGGAACUACACGCUCCACCUCGAGUUCGAGGGCUCGCUCGACGGCUCCAUCGUCGGCUUCUACAGGAGCGUCUACAGCAGCAGCGACGGCGAGAAGAGGUCGAUCGCCACGAGUAAAUUCCAGCCGACCGACGCCCGCAGCGCCUUCCCCUGCUUCGACGAGCCCUCCUUCAAGAGUACCUUCACCACCACGCUCGUAAGGCCUUCGGAAGGCUACAUCGCUCUCUCGAAUAUGCCCGUCGAGAGGGAGCUGCCCAACUCCCCCUCCCCUGGCCUGACGGAGGUGCGGUUUCAGAAGAGCGUCCCGAUGGUCACCUACCUCGCCUGCUUCAUCGUCUGCGACUUCGCCCACGUGGAGGUGCUCACCAAGGACAACAAGCCCUUCAGGGUCUAUUCUACGGUCGACCAGAUCAGCCGGACCAACUACUCCCGUGACCUUGGCGUCGACGUCCUCAACUACUUCGAGGAUUACUUCGAGGUCAAGUACCCGCUGCCGAAGCAAGACAUGAUCGCCAUUCCGGAUUUCAUCUCUGGCGCCAUGGAACACUGGGGUCUCAUCACUUACCGCGAAGUGAACCUCCUCUAUGACGAUCGCGGGUCCUCCUCCUACAACAAACAACGUGUGGCUGCCGUGGUUGCUCACGAACUCGCUCACAUGUGGUUCGGAAAUCUUGUGACUCUGGACUGGUGGGAUGACUUGUGGCUUAACGAGGGAUUCGCCAGUUACAUCGAAUACAAGGGAGUCGCUAACUAUGAGAAGGACUGGGAUAUGGAAGGCCAGUUCUUGGUAGACGACCUGCAACGCGUGAUGGUCCUGGACGGUCAGCUCACUUCCCACCCGAUCGUGCAACCAGUCAACCACCCUGACGAGAUUACGGAGAUCUUUGACAGCAUCUCCUACAGCAAGGGCGCCUCGGUCCUGCGCAUGCUGGAGAGCUUCCUAGGACCCGACGAAUUCCGCGUGGGCGUGAGGAACUUCCUGCGCAGGUUCAAGUACGCCAACGCCGUCACGCAGGACCUGUGGGCAGAGCUGGAGAAGGUGUCCGCCGCCAGACUCAACAUCAGCAAGGUUAUGGACACCUGGACGAGGCAGAUGGGCUACCCCGUCGUCAGCGUGAAGAGGGCGCAGGGGGACGCGACGAAGUUGGAGGUACGUCAGGAGAGGUUCCUGUCGGAUCCCGAGGCCGACAGUGCUGACGACUCGCCCUUCGGAUACCGCUGGGACAUCCCCGUCACUUUUAAAACCGACAGAUCGCCGAGGGAACAGGUCUGGUUCGAGAAGGAGAUGGAGAAAGUGACCAUCAACAUCCCGUCGGGAACUUCAUGGGUUAAGCUAAAUGUGGGUCAGUUCGGUUACUACAGAGUCAACUAUGAGGCGUCUAUGUGGCAGGACCUCAUCGAUCUCCUCUUGAACGACCAUGAGGUACUAAGCCCAACGGACCGAUCCAGCCUCCUGAACGACGCCUUCAGCCUCGCCGACGCAGGGAAGUUGCCCUACCCGACGGUGCUGUCCCUCGUGGCUUACAUGAAGCGCGAGACACACUAUAUACCCUGGAAGACGGUGACGGUGCAACUGAGUACGCUCGGGAGGUUGUUGAGGCAGACGAAGGCGUAUCCGUUCUUCAGGAAAUACGUAGUUAACCUCGUGAGCGACCACGUGCAGCGACUCGGCUGGAAUGACACCGGCAGCCAUCUUGAAAGACGCAACCGCCUGAACCUCAUGGCCCUGGCUUGCUCCAACGGCUACGAACCCUGUCUCGAGGGCGCCCACGACCGGCUCAUGGCGUGGGUGGAGGACCCGAGUACAUUCAUCCCGCCGAAUACCCGCCUGCUCGUCUACCAGUACGGCAUGCAGAAGGCAGACUACGAGACGUGGGAAACCGUCCUCGAGCGCUACGUGGCCGAAGUCAACGCUCAAGAGAAAUCGAAGUUAUCCUCGGGUCUCUCCAGCUGCAAGGAAGACUGGAUUAUACAGAGGUGGAUAAUGGAGGCGAAGAACGAGAGCGUCGUCCGCGGCCAAGACUACUUCUCCGUGCUACAGAGCGUGGCUUCGAACCCCUGGAGCACUCACCUCGUCUGGAACUUCGUCAAGUAG